AAACCGACGAGGAUUCCCUGGACCAGGAGCAAUGGGAGGAGAAGCUGCUCCAGUUUUUCCAGGAUUCCCUGGAAUCGCUCCCGGAUAAAUCCUGGAUCUGUCCCUUGGUGACCGAGAGCUCCCGGCAGCUGCGCGCCUGCGACGGAGCCCCCCGGGAAAAGGUUUUCCUGUACCGGUCUCUCGCUGUGCUUUGGGAUCUGUGCCCGGAACCACCUGGAGGAAACUUGGGAGAAAUUGGAGGAAUUUGGGAAAUCCGACGUCUUCAGGAAAUCCCAGGGGUUGUUCAGCAUCUUCAAG